AUAAUGUGACUAAUUAUUACGGGAAUAAAGAUAAUGUUUCAGUUAAUCCAGGUAUGAGUAAGUCUGAAAUCGAAAACCUAAUAAAAUCUAUGAUUCCUUCUUCAGAACCCCAGCAAGUACAGGUACCAAAAAAGACACCGCCAACUGUACCACCAAAAGAUAUGGAAGCAAUAUAUGAUUCUUUAUUAUUUAAAGAAUUAUACGACUUAGGAUUUCGGGAUGGACCUAUAGUAGAUUUUAUAGAAAGUUAUAAUAAACGCGGAGAAUAUUUUAAAAGAAAACAGGCUCAAAAGGAUGAUUCUGAUGAAGAACUUUCCAAUCGCAUGAGUAAGUUAUCUAUAAACAAGGCAAUAUCCAAAGGAGUUGCACAGGGGGUAAAAACAGGUAUUCGCGCUUCCAAUAAAUCAUCUCGUCAUAGAUGUUCCAAUUGCAAUAGAACCGGACAUAAUUCCCGCAACUGUUCUCGGAAGAAGAAAAACAAAUCUAAGAGAAAAGCUAAUGUUAAUAUCGCUCAUAUAAAUUCUAGACAAAAUAGCGGAACUAUCACGGUUAAACCAAAUCGUAUUGAUAAAUCCCUUCAAAAUAUUAUACUAGACAUGUUUGACGGCAUCCUACCUGUGGAUUUGAUGGACAAACUUAAAAUGAAAAUUGAAAAUUCAUCCAAUAUAGUAGCGCCUAUAAAAGCAAUUAAGUUAGAAAAGGUUGAAUCUAGACCAUCUACGAAAUAUAAACGUCUGGUUGGAAGAGAUGAAAAAAAGUUAGAAAAGGGCGAUACAGUUCGUUACUUACUUGCCAAUGGAGAAUGGGAAGGAGUAACGGAAAAUGAACCUGUAUUAUACUAUCUUGAAGGCAAUGAAUUUUCACCAAAGCGUGGAUUUGUGAAAGAGGAACUUUUCCAAGUAGAUUUAGAAAAGCUUCAAUACCCACCCCAAAGUAUAUUAUCGGAAAAGAAUCAUCCCCGAUUAGUUCAUUUUAUUCUGGUUUUAAAUAAUGAUCUAGAUCAAGCUUGUACCUAUGCUAAGAAACAUGGUGGAAGUUGUCUUGAAAAAACCGGUCGAAUUAAUGAUGAGGAAAUUAUUCACAAUUUUACUAAACGAGAUGAAGAAAGCUCAGCAUCAAAAGCCCAAAAAAACUGA